AUGUCUUACGGUGACGGAUUAUCGGGUGCCGAAUAUUUGGCAUCGAUUUAUGGAACCGAAAAGGACAAAGUAAAUUGCUCGUUUUUCUUCAAAACUGGAGCGUGUCGACACGGUGAUAAAUGUUCGCGAGCUCAUCACACUCCAACUUUUUCGCCAACCGUUGUUCUCAAAAAUUUCUAUCACAAUCCAGUUGUCGAUGUUCGUCAAGCUGAUGCUUUUGAUAGUGAGUUUUUUGUAUUUGAAAAUAAUGAAGUUAAAAAUUAAUAUUUUUCAUACGUGAACUAUGACAUGGGAAAUACACAUUUUCAUUAUUUAGAAAAUCUCAUUAUAAUUUUUUGCAGAGGUCGGAAAACGAAAUGACGACGAGCAAAGAUAUUUCGACGAUUUUUACGAGGAGGUUUUUGUUGAAAUGGAACGAAAAUAUGGAGAAGUUGAAGAGAUUAAUGUUUGCGAAAAUAUUGGCGAACAUAUGGUUGGAAAUGUAUAUGUGAAAUUUAUGAAAGAAGAAGAUGCGGAAAAGGCGAAAAAUGAUGUGAAUAAUCGAUGGUAAGUUACACUUUUAACUGUGAUCAGUGGGCUGGAAAUUACUAGAAAAAUUAUUAUUGUUUUUUUCACAAAAAAUCUGUCAUUUUUCAAAGAAAAGUCACCAGGUGUUCAACAAUUUCGUUCACACAUUUGGUCAAGUGGCUAAAUGUGUGGAUUCUUAAGAAAUAGGUUAGGGGAUCUAGUCCACAUGGUGACUUCUGUAUGUAAAAGGGGAUAAAUUCGCAAUGACGAGAACGUGCCACUGCAAAAUUCUAUCGGUGAAUUUGAAUGGAGAUACCGAGGCACAGGGGCCAUCUGAGCGUUUUUUUGGAGAUUUAGGAAGAAAAUGUGUUCAGGAUUUUUCUUACAUAAAAAUUUCGGACGGUUAAUAAUUCUUUGAUCAAAACACACGUUUCUUUUAAUCGUCGCAAAAUUUUUACACAAUUUCGCUUUCGUUUCUCCAACGGUUCCAUGGUGUAGCGGUUAGCACUCAGGACUUUGAAUCCUGCGACCCGAGUUCAAAUCUCGGUGGAACCUUCUUUUUUCGUUUUUUUUUUCAAUAUUUAGUUUUCACCACGCUUCGCAGUCAAAACAGGUAUUUGAAAUUAAAAAUGUUCUCAUUUUUCAGGUUCAAUGGUCAACCAAUCUACGCCGAACUUUGCCCGGUCACCGAUUUUCGCGAAUCCCGCUGUCGUCAACACGAAGUCACCACCUGUAGCAAAGGUGGUUUCUGCAAUUUCAUGCAUCUGAAGGCGAUUUCCGGCGAACUUGGUGAUCGAUUAUAUGGAAGACGUGGAAGAAGAGCUGACGCUGCUGGACAUUAUCCAUCUCAAAGAGGUGGAAAUGGAGGAGGCGGCGGAGGUGGAGGUGGAAGAGAUAGAGAUAGAGAUCGUGGUGGAUGGGGAGGAAAUGGUGGAGGGGGAGGUAGAGAUUAUUAUGGUGGAGGUGGACGUGGAUAUGGAGGUGGAGGAGGAGGAGGAGGUGGCCGAAGAAGAAGCCGAAGUCGUGAUCGAAGACGCUAUUGA